GUACAACUGUACAUACACUGAAUCAUAGCGUCUAUUGUUGUCUUGUUGACCUGCUGCUUGGAGAGUUCUCUCGCAAUGCAACUCUAGUUCCUGCAACCUUGCAUCCGCACUCCUUCGUCCUUCUGAUUCUGAGGAAUUCACCGAUUUAUCUAGCUGCUCGUUUCCCACUUCUACAGGUUCUUCAUCCAGCAAAAUAGGGGGAAUUAUUUUUUGCUCCUGUUUGUGAUUCAUUUACCUCUCGUAAGUCAAAGGGAACAAGCAGAACACUGAAUUUUUUUGCUAUUCCAUGGAGAGGGUGGCGCUGGUUGGUUUACAAUUGGUAGUGUCGCCGAUCCUGAAGAAACUCAUCGCGGAUGCCUCAACUUACCUUGGGGUUGACAUGGCGAGUGAGCUCCAUGAACUGGAGACCACCAUCAUGCCGCAGUUCGAGCUCAUGAUUGAAGCAGCUAACAAGGGCAACCACAGGAUCAAGUUGGAAAAAUGGGUCCAAGAGCUUAAAGAAGCCAUCUGCAAAGCCGAAGACCUGCUCGACAAGCAUGAGUACAACCUCCUCAAGCGCCAAGCAAAGAGCGGGAGUGCCUCCACCAGCACUUGUAUGCAUCCUGCGUUUAACUGGCUGUCCAAUCUGGGCACCAAGAACAGGAAGGUACUUCACCAGCUCAAGGAACUGAAGGCCAUUCUUGCGAAAGGCAAAGAGCUCCAUGAACUUCUUUGCUUACCAGCUGGUAGUAAUAAUAGUGCAGAGGGCCCUGCUAUUCCUCAAGCCACAUCAUUACCACCUCUGAAAGUAAUAGGUCGUGACAAGGAUCGCGAUCGUAUAAUAAACUUUCUUACCGAGCCUGUUGGUGCUGCCACCGACUCUAUAUAUUCAGGUCUGGCUAUUGUUGGAGCAGGAGGCAUGGGAAAAUCCACCUUGGCACAACAUGUUUACAAUGACAAGAGGGUACAAGAGCAUUUUGAUGUCCGGAUGUGGGUGUGCAUCUCACGCAGACUUGAUGUCCGUCGUCAUACACGGGAGAUCAUCGAGUCCGCGGCCAAGAGGGAGUGCCCGCGUGUUGAUAAUCUGGAUACUCUCCAGUGCCAACUAAGGGACAUGCUGCAGAUAUCAGAGAAAGUCUUGCUUGUGUUGGAUGAUGUUUGGUUUGAUGAUUCGAGCAGUCAGAUGGAAUGGGACCAGCUGUUAGCUCCUCUGGUUUCACAGCUCAAGGGAAGCAAAGUUUUGGUAACUUCUCGACGGGAUACAUUUCCUUGUGCUCUUCGCUGUGAAAAGGUGCUCCGGUUGGAUACCAUGGAAGAUACCCAGUUCCUUGCACUCUUCAAAUACUAUGCCUUCGUUGGGGCAGAAAUCAUAAACCUUUCAUUGCUUGAAAGGCUAGAAGAGAUUGCAGAGAAGAUAGCUAAAAGGCUUGGACGGUCUCCCUUGGCUGCAAAAGUUGUGGGUUCGCAGUUGAAAGGGAAAAUGGAUAUAUCUGCCUGGAAAAAUGCUCUAACUUUAAAGAUUGAAAACUUAAGCGAGCCCAGGACAGCCCUGUUGUGGAGUUAUCAAAAGUUAGAUCCACGUCUUCAGAGGUGCUUUGCAUAUUGCAGCUUGUUUCCAAAAGGGCACAAAUAUGACACUGAUGAGUUGGUUCACCUGCUGGUAGUGGAGGGACUUGUUGAUUCAUGCAACCAGAAUAGGAGAAUGCUAGAUAUUGGGAGGGAUUACCUCAAUGAGAUGGUCUCUGCAUCUUUCUUGCAACCAGUUUCUACUAGAUUUCAGGGCACAUACUACAUCAUGCAUGAUCUUCUUCAUGAUUUGGCAGAGUCGCUCUCUGAACAAGACUGCUUCAGAUUAGAGGAUGAUAAGGUGACAGAAAUACCAUGCACUGUCCGACAUCUAUCUGUCUGUGUUGAGAGUAUCAAACGACAUAAGCACAAUAUCUGCAAGCUACGUAAUUUACGCACUGUUAUCUGCAUCGAACCACUUACAGAUGACAUAAGUGGUAUUUUCGAUCAGGUUCUGCAAUAUUUGAAGAAGUUACGUGUGCUCCAUUUGUGCUUUUACAAUAGCAGCAAGCUACCUGAAUCUGUAGGUGUGCUGAAGCACCUUCGGUAUUUGAACCUCGUCAAAACUUCUAUUGCCGAGUUGCCUGGAUCAUUAUGUGCUCUUUAUCACCUACAGGUACUUCAGUUAAACGAUAAAGUUAAGAGCUUGCCUGACAAACUCUGCAAUUUAAGCAAGCUAUGGCAUCUUGAAGGGUAUCGCGAUCUGACAUACCAGCUGUAUCAAGUAGCUCUGCCUCAAAUUCCUUAUAUAGGCAAGCUAACUUUGCUCCAACAUCUUGAAGAAUUUUGUGUGCAAAAGCAGAAGGGGUCUGAGUUGCAACAGCUCAGAGACAUGAAAGAGCUUGGUGGCAGUUUAAAUGUCAGAAAUCUGGAGAAUGUCAGUGGAAAGAAUGAAGCCAUAGACUCUAAGCUAUAUCUGAAAAGUCACCUUGGAACCCUCAGCCUUGUCUGGAGUUGCAAUGAUGGCACGAGUGUAGAGGACGGUUUACAGUUGGAGAUUAUAGAAGGUUUGAAGCCGCCGCCUCAACUUCAUUGCCUCAAAAUUGAGGGCUACAAAUGUGCCACGUAUCCAAGUUGGUUACUUGAGGGUUUGUAUUUUGAAAAUUUGCAAUCUUUUACGCUUGUUAACUGCAGUGCGUUAGAAGGCCUGCCACUCAAUACCAAGCUCUUCAGGCAUUGCACUAAACUGCAGCUCCAGAAUGUGUCAACUCUGAAAUCAUUAUCUUGUCUUCCAGCAGCACUUACUCACUUAAUGAUUGGCAGUUGUCCAUUGCUUACGUUUAUUACUGAUGGUGAGCUAGAACAGCAUGAUGAGAGAGAGAACAUCAUGAGGACAGACUACUUGGCAUCACAACUUGCCUUCAUAUGGGAGGUGGAUUCCGGAUCAGAAAUUAGGAAAGUAUUAUCAUCAGAACAUUCAUCUCUGAAGCAGUUGAUGGAUUCUGACAAGUCACAUCUUCAAACCAUUGCAAGUGCUAUAGAAAGAGAAAACAACGAGGUAAUGCUGAAAGAGGAUAUCAUCAAGGCGUGGAUAUGUUGCCACGAGCAGAGGAUUGGAUUCAUUUACGGAAGAAGCAUCGGGAUGUCGUUGGUUCCACCGUCAGGGCUUUGUCGACUUCACCUUUCUUCGUGCAGUAUUACAGAUGGGGCAUUAGCUGUUUGCCUUGAUGGUCUCGCUUCACUGACAAGGUUGGCCUUAGAGGAGAUCAUGACUUUAACUACACUUCCGUCGCAAGAUGUACUCCAACAUUUGACAAAGCUUGACUACAUGUUCAUCAAAUCUUGCUGGUGUUUGAGGUCACUAGGAGGCUUAAGAGCUGCUACCUCUCUUUUGGAGGUUAGAUUGAUUACCUGCCCUUCGUUAGACUUGGCACGUGGAGCAGAUUUAUUGCCAUUAUCUCUUGAGAAGCUCCAUAUAUCCCGUUGCGUUGUCGCAGCCAAUUCCAUCAGUGGUGACUUGCCGCAGCUGGUAAACCUUUCCAUGUUUGGGUGCAGAAGCUCUGCAUCCUUGUCGAUUGGCCAUCUGACCUCCCUUGAAUCAUUGUCACUAGGAGGUUUCCCGGAUCUGUGCUUUCUUGAAGGCUUGUCUUCCCUGAAAGUUCAUCAUGUAUAUUUGAAAGAUGUUCCCAAGCUAAAUGCAGAGUGCAUCGCACAGUUUCGGGCCCAGAAAACACUCACUGUUAGCAGCCCUGCGAUGCUCAGCCAAAUGAUCUUGGCUGAAGGCUUUACAGUUCCAUCAUUUCUUUGUCUUGAAGGAUGCAAGGAUCCAUCCGUUUCAUUUGAAGAAUCUGCAAGUUUCACUUCCGUCAAGUGCCUGAGACUAUGCGGCUGUGAAAUGCGUUCCCUGCCAGGAAAUCUCAAGUGCUUCUCCAGCCUGACGACACUUCAAAUCCAUAUGUGCCCCAAUAUAUCAUCGUUGCCAGAUCUGCCAUCCUCCCUCCAGAGGAUAGUCGUGUGGCAUUCCGAACUCCUCAAGAAGAGCUGCCAAGCCCCGGAUGGAGAAAGCUGGCCAAAGAUUGAGCAUAUUCGCUGGAAAGAAUUCAGAGAAUUUUGAUCCAGCUUCACAGCUACAAUGAAAAUGGGAAGCUGGCCCGAGACCUGCCCUCUCCAGUGACCUCCUCCACCUAUGAUCAAGACGAGUACCUCAAACUCGUCUUACCCCAGUUCAACUCUCUCCUAUCUGUCGCCGAAUGCUCCAUCGACUUCACCGAGACAUGUCUAACUUUGCAUCCUGAUGUACUAUCAUUGUAGUUUUUUUUCAUUAUCCUCCCUUUGUGUUACUUUUGGUUGGUACCGGUUGUACCUGCUAUAUGAGUAUGCUGUGAUUUCUGAAGGCCAAGAUCCAUAUAAACAUUGUUGUGUUUCUUUUGGAAAAAAUAAAAGUAACUGGGAGGCUGUUUUGGAUAAAAAUGGCUUUAUUUCAAA